UUAAAUUGUAUCGUAUUACCCUUCAUAAAAAAAUUCUUGAACUUUUUAGAACAAACAAACGAGCACGACACGUUUUUCGUUCAUACGGUUGUUUGUGUAAAAAAUCUUGGCCUGACUUCGCUGUCACCAUGUUAUAUCAAGCAAACAUAUGAUAAGAGGAUAUCACGGCAAAAUAAAAGAAAAGUAAAGUAGUAUUAAUGUGAUUGUGCGUCGUAGAUUUAGUAUCUCGUCGGUGUGUAAUAAAGCUUGUGACGAAAAACGUGACUUUUGGAUAGGGUUUCAAUAUAAGUUUUAAGUUUUUGCUGUUAUUAUCAUAAUGUCCAUGUGGAAUAGAGAAGCGGUUACUCUUCUUAUAGAAGAAUAUAGGAAGCAUGCUAACCUAUACUAAGUAAAAUCGGCCCAUUACAAAAAUAGAAACAUGAGAAGAACAUCUCUUGAACAAUUGCAAUCGGUAAUGCAGGCAUGUGUACCCAAUGUUUCUAUUGCCGACUUGCAAGCUAAGUUUCAAAGCUUAAAACAAAAUGCUGUCAAGGAAUAUAAAAAACAUUUAAACUCUAUGAAGAGUGGUGCAGGAGAAGAAGAGAUAUAUAUGCCUUCACUAUGGUAUUUUGACAUUAUAAGAUAUGUUUUGGAUGGUUGUCUACCCAGAGAAAGUAUUGACACAAUCAGUGUUGAUACAAUCAAUACAACAGAUGUUGAGGAUAGUAUAAUUGAUGGGGACGGAACCAGUACUAUAAUGGAUGCUAUCGUUAUAUUUGAUGGAGAUAUAACGGAAGAACCAAUCCUUGACGAACGUGUAGCUGAUGAAACUACCAUAGUAGAACAAACACCAACAACUUCGACGCACAAAGGUAGAGUAGGUUCUACAUUUAGUGACGAGCCCAAAAGCAAUAAAAAGAAAGAUAAUGAUCAUUAUCUGCAAAUGGUUUCGACUAAUUUGGCAAAGCUAAAUACAACGUUAGCAAUGCCGCCAAUGCUUAAUCAAACACAAAAGGAGGAAAUGGGAGGCAACGAACUGUUCGCAUCAUUUGUUGCAAAACGCAUGGACGAGAUUGAUGAUUUGGACAUUAGAGACGAUGUAGAAGAAAAAAUAAUGUCGGUAUUGAGGGAGGGUUUAAGAAGAAAUAGACAAAAGAAAAAUGAAUGAGUAAAUUUUUUUACGUGGUGUUGACACAUUUUAUAUUUAUUUUUGUUUAACAACUAUAUUUAAAAGUUUUAAUUAUAAUUUUUAG